AUGAGUUGUUGUAUCUCGUCAAAGGCUUGUAAUAUAUCCCGAAAAUAUUUAGAGGUAGUCAAUACAAUUUCAAAAUUAAAAAUGAACAUAUUUUUUCCAGAACGAUUCUUUAUUAACAGAUGCGGAAUUAAAACGACUGAAAGAGCAUAAAUAUUCCGCAGUUGAUAAUAGUUGGCUAGACGAAUUAUGUAUGAAAAGGUUAGUCAUUUAUUGAAAGCAAAAAUCUAGUCUGAAAUAAGUACAAAAAAUUUGCAUGAUUCCCCACCUACCACAUAGUUAUCCUUGCUCUUGGAAAUCAAAAGAGCAACACAUAAAGACAAACUACAUUCAUGUUUUCUUGCUCUUAUAAUGAACUUGGAUGAGCUUUUAAAAAUCAGGAAGUGAAUAAAUUAGGUGGGAUAAUCGUCAUGAAUUUGAAUGUUGUUUUUGUGUUCAAAAAUUACUGUGAGGAUGAGAAUAAAAUUAAAUACACUGUAAUUUUACAGAUGGUGGGAGUUUGUGAUAACACUUUGCCCAAUGUGGAUUGCACCAAAUUUGAUCACGUUAAUUGGGUUGAUUAUCAAUUUGAUUACAGUUCUUAUUCUAUCAUCAUUUUCAUAUUCAGCCACUGAGCCGGUAAGCAUUUGGAUUUAAAAUUUAAGAAACAAAUGACAUCACUUUACAACUUUGAACUCACAACUCGUAAUCUAGUAUGCAAAAUAUGCUGAUUGCAAAAAAAUUCUUUGCUCUUUCAAGAAUUAAAAACCAGGAAAUAGAAAAAACUUAAAAGUGAUAGUUACGUAUGUCAUGUUUUUUUCAAUAAAAUAGUUUUUUUAUUUUUUUAGGCACCAUGGUGGGCCUAUGUUCAAGCUGCUCUUGGUCUUUUCUUCUAUCAAACUCUUGAUGCAAUUGAUGGAAAACAAGCAAGAAGAACAGGUUCAAGUUCACCACUUGGUGAAUUGUUUGACCAUGGAUGUGAUAGCAUGACACAAGUUUUUGUAACUCUCAAUAUUUGUUAUGCUAUGUCCCUUGGAUCUGUUUCAAAUGGAGUUUUGGCUGUUUCUGUUAUUUCUGUUAUCAUGUUUUAUUGCGCACAUUGGUCAACAUAUUGCACUGGACAAUUGAGAUUUUCGAAAUUUGAUGUCACAGAAGCUCAAAUGUCCGUCAUCAGCGUUCUUUUAUUCACUGCUCUUUUUGGCAACUACGUUUGGGAAACAUCAAUUGUAAGUCUUCUUUUCGAAACCAGAAAUUGAUGCGAAACAAAACAGAACAAAACAAAGAAAAACACAACACCCACACCUAUUCUCUAUUUUUAGGGAUUUGGAUACUCUUUGAAACAUGCUGUCAUUUUCACAUCAGUUCUCGUCUCCAUCUAUCAAAUUGGCGGAUAUAUGAUUGUUAUAUUUAGCGGGGGUGUUGGAAAGAAUGGAUCAACAAUUGCAGGAACAUCCGUUCUUUCACCACUUUUCCCAUUACUUAUGGUUAUUUUACCAUUUAUGAUGAUCUACAGUAAAACAAAUUCAUCCGUUUUUGAUGAUCAUAUCACAUUAUUUUCACUGUGUUUUGGAGCUGUGGGUGGGUUUGAAAUGUUUUGGUUUGUAGUUCAAAAAAUUGCAUAGUUUAUGAAGCCAAAUGUUUGAAAUAAAAUGGCUUCAUAAUACGUAUCAAAUUGAGAGCAGUUCUGAUCUAUAAAACUGAAAAUGAGAUUUUGAAGAUGUGUGUACUUUGCAACCUCAGAGUUUUUCAGGUGCUAAAGCAACAAAUCGAUUAGUAAUUGCCCAUAUGUCAAAAAGUGAACUUCGCUUGUGGGAUUGGAUUUAUGUUGGACCAUUGGCUCUUAUGCUCAAUCAAUAUUACGAUUAUGCUGUGAACGAAUAUUAUUUAUUAUGGGCUGCAACAGUAAGCAUACAAACAAUUUACAAACAAAAAUAAAAUAUAUUGUUUCAGAUUUAUUGUUAUGCCUCAUUAUUUGUUUAUUGCACAGUGGUUUGCAGACAAUUCUGCGAAUUUUUAGAUAUUUAUAUUUUCGUGCUCGGACCUCGAUCUCAAAAAACUAAAUGACUAGAUUUUGAUAAUGUAAGCUUUCAGUUCUUACAAAAUCUAAUGAUCUUUUUUUUUAGAAAUGCGAACUUGCAAAGUUUGGGGUAUUUGAACCAUCUUCUGAUAUUUUAA